CCCCGCCCCGGGCGGCGGGGUACCGGGAGAAGGAUGGCUCCGUGUCUCCUUCCCCAAGGAGAAAGCGGCAGAUAGAGCCCAGCCCGGGAUGCGGCUGCUUUCCCCCGCGCUCUGCGCAUCGCCGGGGCCAGCCCGGCGCGGAGGGGUCACCCCAGGUACGACCGCACCGCCCCGACACCCGCUCCGGCACGGACAGCCCGACCUUGUCUCGCCAGGGGCCGAGCUUGGGAUUCGUCAUUCCUUCUGGAAAAAUGGCAGCGGCGUUGUGUUUCUCUGUGACAUCCCGCUCCCCCUGAUGCACAGGCCGGUUUUCCUCGAGGAGCAGCAGAAUCCUCCCUCUGUGCGGUUCGUAGCACCGCAGAUCUCCCGAGUGCCGCCGCGGCCUCGCCAGCCAAAGAUUUCAUCGCACUUUUCUGUAAGUGCACCGUGCUGUCUCCUUCUUGGGAUUCAGGAUACAACAAGGAAAAUCCCCAGUAAAACAGAUUCAUCGGUGAAGGCACCAAUAGAAAUGUGGAGCACCAACAGCACUGAGAAGUUUUACAGGAUCCCUGAAGGAAAGGGACCACACUCAGUUGGAUGUACAGACCUGAUGACAGAAAAUGCAGUUGAGGGAAGCUUUUUGCGCCUCUAUUAUCCAGCAUAUGAUGCCACAGAUAUCGAAGAGGCACGAUGGAUUCCAGACAAAGAAUACUAUCAGGGACUCUCUGACUUCCUUAAUAUGUACCGAGUUGUAGGAGAAAGGCUUUUCCAUUACUAUGUUGGUUCAGUGACCUGUCCUGCAAAGUCAAAUGCUGCUUUUAAGCCAGGAGAAAAAUACCCACUUCUUGUUUUUUCCCAUGGACUUGGAGCAUUUCGGACAAUCUAUUCUGCUAUUUGCAUAGAGAUGGCUUCUCAGGGCUUUAUAGUGGCUGCUGUGGAGCACAGAGAUGAAUCUGCUUCAGCCACAUAUUAUUGUAAAAGAAGGUCCGUUUCUGAGUCACAGGAAGAGUGUCCACCUAACAUGGAGAAGGAGUGGAUCUACUACAGGAAACUGAAAACUGGAGAAGAGGAGCGUUGCUUGCGCCAUAAGCAGGUGCAGCAAAGAGCACAGGAGUGUAUCAAAGCUCUCAAUCUCAUUCUUAAAAUCAAUUCAGGAGAGGAAGUAACGAAUGUAUUACAUUCAGACUUUGACUGGAACAGCCUAAAGGAUUCUGUUGAUACUAGCAGAAUAGCUGUGAUGGGACACUCUUUUGGUGGUGCUACAGUUAUUGAAAGUCUCAGCAAAGAAAUAAGAUUUAGGUGUGGCAUUGCCCUCGAUGUAUGGAUGCUUCCUGUAGGUGAUGACAUUUACCAAAACAGCGUCCAGCAGCCGCUGCUUUUUAUCAACUCUGAAAAAUUCCAGUGGGCUGAGAACAUCUUAAAGAUUAAGAAGCUCAUCUCUAAUGACACAAACAAGAAAAUGAUCACUAUCAAGGGGUCAGUACAUCAGAGUUUUCCUGAUUUCACCUUUGUGAGCGGAGGAAUCAUUGCAAGAUUUUUCAAAUUAAAAGGAGAAAUAGAUCCAAAUGAAGCUAUUGAUAUCAGCAAUCAUGCUUCAUUAGCCUUCCUACAGAAACAUCUGAGUCUUAAGAAGGAUUUUGAUCAGUGGGAUUCUCUUGUGGAUGGCAUAGGACCCAAUGUUAUUCCUGGAACCAAUAUUGACACAUCUCCAGCUGAACCUGAGUAAGGAAUACAAAGGAGUAUUGUAUGCCAUGGACAUCAGGACACUAAUAUUGGUCAGACAUUGCUGAGACAUGUGGUGGCAUUAAACACCAACAAAGCUUUUGGGGUGUGGAACAAAAAGAAAAAAAAAAGGCACUAAGUUACAUAAUC